UAUGAAGCUUCAGAAGCUUAUGUUUAUUUACGUUAUAUGUGCAGAGAGUACCCGCGAAAUUUACAAUGUAUUACCGUUAUAUAUACUUAUGUUUAAUUUUAAUAAACUUUUGUUCUGUUAGUUAUGGUCUUGAUCCCAUCUCUGCAGGGUCAUAUGCAAUUGGAGCUAUAAGUCUUUCAGCUGGAUUUGCUGGUUAUAAAUUUGUUAGAUGUAAAUUUGAAGAAUGCUGCGAUGAUCAGUGGAUAGACUUGCAAUCCAGUGAUCUUAAAGAAGACUUUACACACAACUUGUUUGGCCAACACCUUGCCAAACGUAUUGUGCCAAAGGCAUUGCAAAUGCAUGUUUUGAAAACUAAGCCCAAAAAAGCUCUUGUGAUGUCUUUCCAUGGAUGGACCGGAUCUGGGAAGAAUCACGUGAGCCAGAUGCUUGUAAAACAUCUAUUUAAGAAAGGGGCUGAAAGUCAGUUUCAUCAUCUCUAUAUCGGAACUCGGGAUUUUCCUCACGAGGAAGAAGUUAACAAGUAUAGGGCUCGUUUGAGAAAAGAAAUUGAGGAAGCAACUCAAAAAUGUGAUCGAUCUCUGUUCAUUUUUGAUGAAGUGGAUAAAAUACCUUCUGGUGUGCUUGAUGCAUUAAAACCAUACAUUGAUUAUCAUGAAAAUCUUCAUGGAAUUGAUUAUCGAAAAAACAUAUUUAUUUUUCUGAGCAAUACAGGUGGAAAUAACAUUACAAAAAUUGCCCUUGAAUUUUGGACUGAAGGCAAAAAUAGGGAAGAUAUAUCUUUAAAAGAUGUUGAGCAUAUUAUAACAGGGGGAGCUUAUAAUGAACCAGGUGGACUUCGACACAGUGAAAUUGUGAGAAGUGCCUUGAUUGAUGUUUAUGUCCCAUUCUUACCACUUGAAAAGAAACAUGUGAAGAUGUGUGCAGCAGCUGAACUUCAGAAAAGAGGUUUAAAAACUGAUAGUACAACUGUGAAUCGUAUUGCUGAUCAACUUUUGUAUGAACCUUUUGAUCUCUAUUCCAAAUUUGGUUGUAAAAAAAUAACCCAGAAAGUUGAUCUUUUUGGCUAUGAAGAGUUUUAAGGAAAUUCAACUUCUUUGUUAUUUUGUACAUACAUGAAAAGCAAGCUUAUGUUGAACUGUUGUUGAUCAUUUAACUCACCAUUACAUAAGGAUUUUUAUAUCAUCUAUUCAUUAACAUAUUUUAAUCAUAUGUUUCAAAGGGUAUUGAAUAUAUUUUGCUAUGCAAAGGGAACAUUCUCAGUCUCUCUCUCUCUCUCUCUUUCUGAUGCAGGUUACAUUUAUUAUAGCUAUGUAAUUAAUAUGAUCAAGAAAGAAAUCUGUGAAUUUUUAUGCUGAUUAUAUUGCUAUUUCUUAAUGGAACACACAUCAGUUGUCUCUCAAAGCAUGAUGUGGAUAGAUUCAGAAUUAUGUAGAUAAUAAUAUUUUUAAUCUAUUUUGUAUAAGAAAACAAACCAUAAUUUUUGUAUUUUCUAUAUCUGCUGUAAAUAUUUCAAAUUAUAUUUUAUUAGACAGUGUAUCAUUUAUUUGCAUUUU